AUGUUGUUGCUAUGUUUGCAGGCGAAUAUUAAGCGCGAUCCGGAUGGCUAUGCUGAUGAAUUCAAAUUGCAGUUCCGCCACUACAAAGCUUCCCUGGACAUUUUCAAUCUCAAGCCCAGCAAAGAGUCUCGGGAGUUCGCAGAUCUGGUGCACUUCGUUGCACAGGUCAGCCAAUGCUAUCCCAAGGAUACACAGGGCUUCACUGCCGAGAUCAUACAGCUCCUUGAGACCCACUAUGCAGUGCUGGACCCAGCACUGCGCAGGGGCUUGGUGAAGGCCCUCAUCCUGCUCAGGAACAAAGGGCAGCUGACCGCCACCGACCUGCACCCUCUCUUCUUCCGUCUUUUCAGAUGCCAGGACAAGGACUUGCGCCAGAUGCUCUUUCGCCACAUCAUUGCAGACAUAAAGAGCGCGAAUCAGAAGCAGCGGAACGAGCGGCUCAACAGGUCCCUGCAGAACUUCCUCUACAGCUGCCUUGCCAAUGAGGGCGAAGCUGCUGCCAAACCGGCGUUGGCUGUGCUCACAGAGCUGUGGAGGCGCCAAGUCUGGCGCGAUGCUCGCACCGCCAAUGUCAUAGCGAGCGCGGCGCUGCAUGAGAGCCCCAGGAUCUUGCUGGCGGCAGUGAAGUUCUUCCUGGGGCAGGACGAGGUUUCAGAGGAUGGGGAAGACGACAUUGACGCUGAGGGCGUCAAGGCUGUCAACCCCUCCAAAGCAGAAGGGACUCCAUCCAGCAAGAAGAAGAAGAUGGCCAGGCUGAAGCGGGUCAUGGCAACAGUGAAGAAGCAGGAGCGCAGAGAGAAGGUGGAUUCCACCCAGGGCUUUGCAGCUAUCCAGCUGCUGCAUGACCCUCAGACAUUCGCGGAGAAGCUCUUUGCACGGCUGCAGAAGGGCUCCGGAGAGAAGUUUGAGACGCGCAUGGCGAUCAUGGCCCUGGUGUCUCGGGUCAUCGGCGUGCACCAGCUGCUGCUUCUCAACUUCUACCCCUUCAUGCAGCGCUACCUGCAGCCCCACCAGCGCGAUGUUCCCCAGCUCCUGGCCACCCUCGUCCAGGCAUGCCACGACUUGGUGCCACCGGACGUGUUGGCGCCGGUGCUGCGUCAGCUGGUAGACUCCUUUGUGCACGACCGCGCGCGGCCCGAGGUCAUGACGCUCGGCCUCAAGACCGUGCGCGAGCUGUGCACCCGCACGCCCCUCGUCAUGACCCCCGACCUCCUGCAGGACCUUGUGCUGUACAAGAAGUUCCGCAACAAGGAGGUGGCGGCUGCGGCGCGCGGCCUGAUCGGCCUGUUCCGGGAGCUCAACCCAUCCAUGCUCGAGAAGAAGGACCGCGGUCGCGGCGCCGACCUGGAGGCCGCCCCGCUGUCCUAUGGCGCCUCCCGAGUGCAGUCGCGCGUGGAGGGCGCCCAGCUGCUGCAGAGAGGUGAUGAGGAGGAAGAAAGAAGUGAGGGUGAGGAGUCAGGCAGUGAGAAAGAGGACCUUGGAUUUGAAGAUGAGGAUGCUGCUGAGGCUUUGGACGAUGGAGCAGCAGCAGCAGCAGCGGCGUCUGACGAGGAAGGUGCAGAAGAGGGUGGCAGUGAGUUGGAUCUGGAUGAUGAGGGGGCGGAAGAGGGUGACCCUCUAGAGUACGGCAGGAUUCUGACGGAGGAGGACUUUGAGCGCAUCCGGGAGUUGCGCCACAGGAAGAUGGUGGAGGGCGUCAUGCGCAAGCACGGCCUCAAGAGCGCCUCCAAGCGGGAACGCCUCCUCGCAGAGGCCGAGGACGAGGCAGACGAAGCCAUGGCAGAGCAGGCAAGGCACCUGAGGGUGGACCCGAACGCGCUGACGAGCAAGCAGAAGUCGCGCAAGGACAAGGCGGAGCGCAUGGCGAGCGUGCUGGAGGGCCGGGAGGGCCGCGAGUUUGGCGCGUCGGCCAGCCGGCGAAAGCAGAAGACCGGUGGGUCGAGCAACAAGCAAAAGCUGAAAAAGAAGUCUCUGCCGGACUCGGCGCGCGCGCAGGUCAUGAAGCGGCGGCUGGAGGGCGGUCGCAAUGGGGGCGGCAAGAAGGGGUUCAAGGGACGCGCAUCGCGCGCGCGCCGUUGA